UGACGUGCCGCUGGCGCUGAUGGCAGCGGGGCUGGCGGAGGGUCGCACCGAUGAGGGAGAGUGAGGAGGCGGGGGACAGAAGAGACAGAGAGAGGAGGCCCCGGCGGUACCGAGCACCGACACCCCGCGAGACCAGCAGUAACUACACCGACACCCGCAGCAGCGAGACCCGCUGACCGACUCCGAGGAGGCGGGACGGACGGCUGGAGCGUUCAGGACCUCCUCUUGGCCGUCGUCUCAGUCCAUCAUCUGCUCCGCUCCUACUGCUGCAGCUCUCAGUAUUUAGCUGUAGAAGCAGCUCUGCGUCUCAUACAGGGAGUAGUUUGUUGACCUGCAGGAGGCGCUGCCUUCCAGCCUUGUUUGGUGCUAACAGAUCUGAUGUUUAGUGGCUUGUUUAAAAGAAAGGAAAUGUCACUGCCAGGCUAACAGCAGCUUCACUGUGAUCUUUACAAACACAGCAGGUGUUUAACCAGAAAAUGUAGUUAAGGUUAAUGUCUUUUUAACAGUUCAGCUAACAGUUAGCUAAAAAAAAAAAAAAAGAAACUUCACUUUUCUGACCCGAAAUUCAACCAGAAGACAAAUUACUUUAAAAUGUAGUUACUCUGUGAUUUGGGAUUUAGCAUUUAGCAGCUAACAGCUUGUUAGCAGCUCAAGGAGAGCAGGUAGCGGUGGCUCGGGGUUAAGUCUGGGCGUAGCAGGGGUGCGAUGGAGUACCACUCAGGUGGCAGCCUGCCCCUGCUGGGGAGACCGCGGUACUGCCCCGGGGCCAGCGCAAAUGGAGGAUACCUGUGUGAGACGGGACACUGCUGUGGAGAGACCGGCUGCUGCACGUACUACUACGAGCUCUGGUGGUUCUGGCUGCUGUGGACCGUCCUCAUCUUGUUCAGCUGCUGUUGUGCGUACCGACACCGCCGAGCCAAACUCAGAGUCCAGCAGCAGCAGAGGCAGAGAGAGAUCAGCCUGCUGGCCUACCAUGGAGCCAACUCUUUCCCCUCCUCCAUGCUAGACCUCAGUUUUCUGGCAUCGCUGAAGCUGCCGUCCUAUGAGGAGGUGGCAGCUCAACCCUCCACCCCUCCUCCUCCUUACAGCUCAGUUUUCACCACUCCGCGUUACCCGCAGCCACCACGUGCAGCUGACCCCCAUCUGCUGACGCAACACGGCCCGCUGCUGCACCGGCCGCUUAGCGACGGUCCGUCCUCCCUCAGCUCUGACAACAGCUCCAGUUGUUCCUGUGACUCCUGCUGCCCGUCCUCUCCAUGCAGCUCCUCUCUAUCUGCACCCGUCACCUAUGAGACUGACACAAGCCACGCCUCUACACCAAGCGAGGCCACGCCCCUUACGCUUGAUGUGACCAUGGAGACUAUUGCUGCUGCUGCAAGCUGUCUGGAGGCACACGAGGCCCAGUGCGUCUCUGAAAGGAUGGGUGCUGCAGUGGCUGUUGACAUCAAAGAUCCAGAAGGUGGCCGGGCUCAAGAACCAGUUGCCAAGGACUCAUCGGUUCCCAGCCAGACUGUUACUGUGGCGGUUGUUACCAGGGCGGCCUCCCCUCAGUCUCUGCCUUCACCUGGUCCUCAGCUAAACCUUCCUCUUGGAACUACAUCUCCCACAAAGCAGCAUCUUGACAUAGCACCGUGUUCCCCGUUCAUCAGCACCGGCAGCUCAAGCCACCUCCCCAGUCCAAGUGUUGUUGACCCAGUGCUCCCAUCUAUUAAAAUCAUGAGCACUGAGAGCACAUCGGGACCACCUACCCCAACAGCUUACUCUUUUGACAGCUGUAGGGCUGCCAACGCCCUAGAAACCCUCAGUGUGACCAGAACUUUGGAUCCAGCUAGUGUUCCUUGUAGCCCAACCUCAGUAUCACCUUCAGAUGCUGGAAGAACUUUUACUCUCAUAACAACGUCUGCCAGCUUUCCAACCCCAGACCACAAUACUAGCCUUAUGCUGAUUCCAGCACCUACAACCCUCUCCCAGACUCCAGUACCUACAACCCUCACCCAAGAUCAAGAACCACUCCUUUCUGAUCGUAGUGGAUCUCCAAAUUCAGUUCAUUCAGAGCUUAUUCUAAUCCCUAACCCGCCUCCUAAAACCCCCGUAGUACCAGAUUCAACCAUUAACACCAUUCUAACUCCAAAUCUUACCCGAGGUACCGAUGCAGCAUCCAUUUCAUUCUCAUUUACUCAAAGCCAGAACUCAGAACUGUCACCUGGAUCAUGUUUCCAGAUUCCUCCCAGCCCAGGGUCAAGCCCUUCCCAACACUCAGGCUCUGUCGUUGCAGCUGUAUCUUGCCUUGAUUUGUCGACAGCGCCGGUCCGUUCGGAACCUCUUCUGGUCCCGAAUGAGUCGUCCGAGUCAGAUCUUACUCCAACAUUGCCUUCAGAUGUCCAGGUUGGUUUUAGAUCUGAUUCUGGAUCAGAAUCAAGUCCUCUGUCCGACUCAGCUCUCACCUGUCCAGCAUCCUCCUGCCCAUCCAUCACUGUCGAGUCUGAAAUUUCUUUGACUGCUUCUCACGCGGCCCUUACGGUUAUCUCUCCAUCUUCACCCCGAUCCCCUCCCUCCUUCCCGGCUCCGGCUUUACUUUUGGACCCCCUCACUGCUUUGCACCAGUCCGACAAAGGUGGGUCUUCCUCUGGCCACGCCUCCUCCCUCUCCCCCUCACCCCGCGCUACUCAAUCCCCUCCAAAACAGACCGUCUUCUCUCCCUGCGUGGACAUCUUCGAACCUGGACCUCCCUGCUGGGAGGACGAGCAGGAAGAGAAGGACAACGACGAGGACGAAGAUGAGGACAUGGGAGCUGACGAGAGCCAGUACAGACACCGGCGGCUUACUGGUGACUCUGGGAUUGAAGUGUGUAGGUGUCGAGUGGAGGAGGAGGACGAAGAGGAAGAAGAGGAAGAGGAUGGGGAAAGGAAAGAGGAUAGGAGAGGAGGCGUUGGGAACACUGAUGUCCACGACAGCGUUGACUGUCCUGCGAGAGAUCACAAAAGCACAGGGGACGGACUUGCACUGUGCACCCCCACCGCCGCCACCACCCCAUCAACGUCUGAUGACAGCGGCAAAGUUGUCAUCGUCAUGGAGACGGUGUCAUGAGCAGAAAUGGACAAAUUAAACCGUCCAUCAUCUUUCAAUAACCACAGAGGUUGAUGAUUGUCACAUUUACAGACCUGACCGGGAAGUUGGGUAGAUGAUGGCGAAUCUGGGUGGAAACAGUUGUCGUGGUAACAUCUUCGCAAAUUUCACAUGAAAGAUUAAAUUAAACGUGUUGUUCCAAAUUUCUGCUCAGAUUAGCUAAAGGUUGAUGAACCUCUGCACUUCAGGCCUUCAUCACUUUACAUUGGAGAGUUGUCUAUGUCUGAAGGAUUUCUAAUUAUACACACAAAUACAGCACAAAUCACACAUUAACAGCAUCAACCGAGCUAGCGUAAUCAAAUACUAACACAAUAUGACUGUUUUAAAGCCGUAACAAACCAGUGAGAUAAACUAUUGCUACCUUCGGUCCCGUGUGACGUAAAUGCAGCAUGAAACCUGCGAGCAUGGUUGGCAGAGAUUGCACCAAGCCCCUCACGAUAGUGACAUUCUCCUUCCUAAAAGAAACUAAUAACUUUAAAUAGCCGAGCGUUUAGCCAGAGAUACCUUGCAUGCCGCCUCAGUUGAUGACGGAGGUCUGGAAACGUGCCGAGAACAAGUCGCCUGCUUUGGAUGGGAAGAGAGGCUGAUGUAGGUGGAUGAUUCAUGCUGACUGACAGAGGGAAGACUGAUUCAUCCAGUAAGGGGACGUUUUGAUGGGCAAGUCUGUCAGCAGAGCCGAAUUGGGCGGCUGGUUUGCAGCUUUCGCUCCAUGACUUUGGUUUGGAAGCUUUCGAUGUGGAUGAAUCCACCGGCUUCCUUGCAGAGAAAAGCUCUUACAAUGGCCGCUUUUAGACGGAAACAAAGCACCAAACAGACAGCACACGUCAUCUUCCCGUCUUUGUCUCGCUCUGAGUUUGAGGUCAGAUAAAACAAUACAUCGUAUACACCACAGUCUCCAUCUAAACAAAACACUUUUGCUUUACACGUCAUGCAUUUCUCCAUUCAUAGACUUCUCUCCUUUAUAAAUUCAAUCAUAAUAAUUUUUUCAAGGCUGUAAAAGUGGCAGCGAUUCCCGUUAAAAGAACUGGUACAUAUUUUAGGCUGUUAUUGAUGUUUCGUACGCCAUGGGCUUGAUGGGCGAGUCAAUAAUUGAUAUUUUGUGCCAGAAAGACGUAGGAGUAUAUUUUGUCAACGAAGCAGAGUUGGUACCUUUUGUUUUGUACAAAAUGGUGUGUUUUAGCUCACCUUAGACUCUGAAAUUAGAAGUGAAGAGCAAUAUUUUUCGUCAGCAACAGUCUGUGUGUAAAUAACUAGAAAAAAUGACGGAAACCAGCUGCAGAAAGAGUUGAAAUAAAGCGUUGCUUAGGUUUGGACUGACCUGUGAAUAUAUCUUGGGAGAUUUUUGCAGCAGUGUGUUGAUUGUACUGUCAAAGCAAUGAUUCAUUUCCAGCAGGUUUGGUGGAAGUAUCCCAUCAUACAUUUGUGACACUUAAUGAAGCGUAAUUUCCACCAACGGGUCCAGGAUGGCGUCGGUUUGCAAUUCUUUUGUGUUUCCACAGGCAAAAACCAGGAAGGCUGGCUAGAUAUCUGAUCCAUCCUACUUUUUUGGGACCUUUGUCGGAGUCCUAAUCCUACCGACCGCAAAGGCUGAAGUUUGACACACUGAAAUAUUAUUGAUUGGUUGCAGGAAUCAUCACUUCCUGUAAGACAAAGUUUUUCGAAGCCAAGAAGAAAGAAGACAAACUGCUGGGUGUCCACCAUUCUCCUCCUUUGUUUCUGUGUCGCAUUUUUCUUUGUUUGAUUGAAGGAAGACGAUGUGCAGCUAAGACAUCACGCUAUGACGUAGAUUUCCAUCUAAUACCUCGCCUACCAGGCAAAGGCCCAUUUAUGCUACAUGCUAACGACAUAUCGAAGCAUUUUCAUAUUUUGCGUCAUUUAUGUGCGUAAUUUGGUCCCUUUUUGGGUCUUUUGUGGAUUCGUUCUUUGACGAAGGAAACGGAGUAAAACCACCAGAAACCACAGGGGCGGUGUUGAGCAGUUUAGCCAAAUGCGACACGCGAACGGAACAAACAUGAAGCUAUCCUGAUGUAUUCAAUGGCUUCACAGACCACCGCCGUAUACUGUGCUGCCUCCUUUUAUGUCUCUUUCUGAGAAUGAACACCAUCAUGAUCUCCUCCAUCGUCGGCAUGUUUAUCGUCUGAAACUGACGUCAGAACUCGGAGGCGAACUCUGAACUCUGCACUGCCCUCUAGUGGAUGUAUUAUCUACCAACCAUGACAAAAUAAUGAGGGUAUGAGAGCAUGACAUUUAAAACAGACACACUUAUUUACAUAAUGGGAAAAUGAAUCAGCCUUAAGGGUACAGUCAAUUGUAGAAACACAGCCGAGAUUGGGGUUUACCGAAUAAACCGCACCAACGGACUCCUUGGUGGAAAAAUGGUUUAACUGUGUCAGUCCAGAAACUUCAAAUCUAAAUUUAUUAAAAAAUAGAUUCGUAGUUCGUCACCCUGUUAUUGUGUAUUGUCGUGCAUCAGUGGGGUUUAAAAGUAAACAAAGAAAUCUGUUGGAGCACAAAGAAGAAAUGCCUCUUACAUGAUCUCAUGCCUGCUCCUGCAAAGUGCUUGUUUUUACUGCCGUUAAUGUCAGUCGAGUUAGAGAGCUUCACAAAUGUGCAUUUAGUUUGCAGGGUGUUGGAACAGACCAGAACUCAAACAUAGUCUCGAACUGGUGGCACCGCCAUCAUCCUGAGAGAAGGGAAGCUUUCAAUAACUCAACCUUCUUAAACAGAAAGGCUCUUGAGUCUGGCUGACGGAUCCUUAAACCCUGUGUCCAUGCUGCAUUACUUCACGUACUUCAUGUAUGAAUUUCUUAACACAGGUGUCCAUAGGGAUACCCGAAUGGGAUAAAGCUAUGCUUGGACUUAAUUAAGACAAAAGCAAAGUCCUGCCAGAAAGAGGAUGCGAUGGAGGAACGUACAUGAGACUGAAUUCAUGCUUGGCUUGGUAUAAAUGAUCUAGUGUGGCUAAACUUCCCGGACAUCGGGCUCUGAGACUUCUGAGAGCUUGUUUGAACUUGUCAAAGUGGACUGAUUGUAGAGUUCGUAGAGGCCGAAGAAUCCUGAAAGUUCAAGUGUGACACUGAGCUGUUGAUGUUGUAGUUGAUGUUGUGGUUGGUGGUGUUUGUUUGUUUACCUAAACUAAAAAGGUUAUAUAUCUCUAUGGUUUCUGAGUGCCAUUUCUACUUGACAACUGUUAAAACUUAGCAUUACUUGGAGCUGUUCUCGCUGUGUGAAUGUGAGCUUUAGAGCAGAAUGACUGGUGAAAUGUCUGGUUUCUGUCUGUAUCUCAGGUUUCCAGAAGCUGCGCAGAGCUAAGAUCAGCUGAGGGAAGACUGGGCAACCUGGGAGUGAUGGCUGUGUUGUCAUGGUGUUAUUUAGGUGCAAAUGUCUCCAUCAACCUCAGUCUAGGCUGAAUAAAACUAUUAUAAUUGGAGAAAGAACUAGUUGAUGUAAUCUAAAUAUAAAAAUAUUAGCUUUCAUAAUGUCAACUGUCCUGAUGCUGCAAGGCAUUUUGGGUGUGUGGACAACCAAUUGAUGGAUAAAAGCUUGUUUUUAACUCCUGGUACAUCAGCUGACGUUGGGACUUUGUAACUUUGGGAAACCUCGUCUUUAUGUCUUUGUUGAGUUCAACUGGACUGUUUUUAAAUAUCAAAUAUGAAAAUCACUUUUCUGUCUGAAAAUAUUCACAUUGACUGGUUUCACAUUUAUUGGUCAGAGGCUUGAAACUGAUUAUCCCCAACUAUAGAUUACAUUCCAAUCUUCUUACACAGUAUCUUGUGUCUGUAGCUGAAACAUGGGAAAGAUUUGAGUAGUGGUGGAGUAAUUGAUCCCUCACUAGAUUGUGACACUGUUCUCUUUCAAGGUGGUUUUAUUGCCUGGGACAAACAGAUAAGGAGGACAGUGACACAAAAAGGCCACCUGAGUAAGGUCUUGAAUGUUUCCGGCAAUAAUUGCAAACAAAACUUCAGAAUGCAUGUUCAGAUUUUCAUCAGGUUACAUUUAAUAGUUGGAAAUCCAUCACGUCUUUCUGCUUCAGCACCCAGAUGGCAAGAAAUGUUUGCCCCAAAUGUGGCCUUGACUAAAUGUGAGUGUGGCUGCCAAAACUCAGCCACAUGACCACCACAUGUAGCCUGCAAGAAAAUUGCCACAGUGUAUUUCCAGGCAGGCGUCAUGUAUUAGGACGACUUCUGACCCACAUAAUUCUUGUUCUAAUCCACGUCCAGGCGAACAACUGACAUCUGGACCACAUGUGGCCCACAGAAGUCUUACCCCACCAGAUGUUAGUUGCCAAGCCAGGCUGGUAACUAACAUCUGGCCCACAUCUGGCCUCGCCAAUGCCGUAACUGAGCCAUAAGUGCCAAAAGUAACCUGGAUUUGGCCCAAACGUCCUAAUUUUUAGUGGUGAGUCUCCUUAUCUCGAAAAUAUCCCAAACAGGUCCAAAUUCAGAACAGAGGCCUGAGGAAGAAAAAUAUUUUCUGAUUAAAUUAAACAUUGAUAAUCCAUCCAGUAAAACCAGCUCUGACCCCUAAAUGUGACCACAGCCAAAUUUUGGAUUUGGAUCAAAUAACCAUUUUAGCUCUUUGUUUAACUUUCACUUGUUCCUUAAGGAGAUUGUAGCACCUCCACCUGUGAUGUUUAACAGAACAUUUCAUUUACUAAGAUGUCCUUCUAUUGUACAAGUCCUUCCCUCUGUCUGCAGGAUGUUACUCUUGUUAUCUCCUCUCUUCUGCCCUUCCUGUUUGCAUGAGGUUUCUGACGACAGAGUGAAAGGAAGAAGGGAAGACAUUGGUCGUUAAAAUCCCUUCUUGUUACGAUGCUAAUUAUUAGUAUUAUUAAAUUAAUAGUUAGUGUGUAUGUGUGGAUGUAUGUGUGUGACCUAACUAAACCAGCCUGUUUUAAAAGUGUGUAAAAAUAUAACAAAUAAAACUGUUGAAUCUAAAAACGAAACUCUGAGUUUUUGUAAAAAGCAGAAAUAUGUUAAUAUAAACUAAAGAGCUCAUUUAUAGAUUAGAAGGGGGGACUAUUUCCUACUUACCCUGGAAUUAAAGUUAAUAACUUUUAUAUGAUUUGAUAUUUGAUC